AUGUCCACCCCGAAUGAUCUCCAGGCCCUGCUGGCCAGCAUUCGCCCGCGGCCUUCGCCAUCGAAUGUUCCUGGUCAAGAGAAUCCUCACUAUCAGCGGGCCCAGCAGCCUUACCAGCAGCCGCCCUAUCCUCCGGGCAUGUUCCCUCCUCAUCCACAACAACAACACCAGCAGCAGCCGUACGAUGGCCAGAGCUUCCCCCAUCCCCAUCUGCACGGUUAUCACCAUCCUUCGGUUUCCUCGGCCAUUCACAGCCCUUCUCCUGUGAACACGCCGCCGCACCACGGCUCGGACAUCCUCAGUCCUAAUCAAAGCAACCAGGAUAGUGCUGCAAGCCUGCUCAACCUGCUGAGAUUCAGCCAGGGUCCUGGUGCUGCUCCCCAGCCAGCUCCUCCCGUUGCCCCCGAGCAGCCUCGCUCUCCCCCAGUUCAGGAGCCGACCCCGUCGCACGGACGAAACAUUUCCGCGUCAGACUUGGUAGCUUCUCUGUUCGGCCAGAAGGCGAUCCCUGCAGAGCCCUCGCCAGUUCCCGCCGUUGCACCGGCACCGGUGCCCUCUGCUCAGCCUGAGGGUCCUAGUGAAAACACCCAGGACAUGCUACUCCGUCUGCUCAACCGGGCCCAGCCUGGUCCAGCUGUAGUAGAGGCGCCUGCUUUGGUUCCCACUGCUCAGCCAACCCCUCCUCAGCAAGCUCCUAGUGGACCUGCUCCUGACCAGGGUAACAACGGCAUUGUCAUGGAAGUACUGGAUACCGAUCCUGAGGAGACUGCGAUUCCGGAAACGGUUGCAUCUCCCUCCAAGGACUCCAUGUUCACCUAUGUUAACCCGUUCGACCAGCUGGCUGCCAUCUCCCCUCGUAACAAGUCUCCGCAGCCCAAGUCUGAUAACGAGACUCCAGUUGUGGAAGUUACUAAGAAGGAGAAGGUCAAUGUCACUGCUACUAUUGAACCUCCUGUCGCUCCUCAAGUGGUGCAGCCUCCGAAGCGCAACCAGUCCCCUGUGUUGGAACCCGAACAGCGCCAGGCUAUGAAUGAUGUCGUCAGUCGUCUCGUGGGUGAAAUUGGACGCACCAUCAACGGAACUGAGUCCGCUCAGCGUGAGGUUGAGUUGGACAUUGAUGUUCCUGCCACCCAGUCUGGGGAGCCUGAAGAGCUUCUCGCGGCGAUCCGCAACCACAUGCGGGAGACAAUCACUAGAGUCGACGAUGUUCGCACCGAGGUUGAGAACCAGGAGAAGCAGCCCGAAACGGAUAGCGAGUCUGUCAAGGAGACUAAGGAGAUUGAGGAGACUGUCACUGACAGUAUCCCGACUCCUGUUGUCCAGAGCGCCAACGAAACUGCCGAGGCUCUGGCUGAUAGCUGGGAGAGCGCUGAAGACAGCGCCGAAAAGGACGAGGAACGUGUCGUAUCUGUUCACAACUUCCCCCUGCGACCCUUCAUUUCCAUCACCGUGAAGCCAUCUGCUGCUAAGCUUGUGGAUUUCCGUGACGACGGCAUCAUGGACAUUGCCCGUCUCAAGAAGGAGUUUGACCAGUUGGAUCGCUCGCUCACCGCAGCGACCUCGGACUACAUUGUGUAUGCCCUUGCUAAGACAGGUGGUAUCAGAAUCAUUCGUCAGGAUGACGGAAGUGACCGACAGGUCUUCCGUGCUACCCGUGACCGCGUGUUCAAUGUUGCUCUCUGCACCACUCACGCCACAUCUGGCCAGUCCGACGUCCAGGCUAUCCUUGGCAUUGGUGUCAGCGGUGCCGUCUACUGGGCGUUGAUUUCCCGAGCCGGAAAGGACCUGUUCGAGCUGGAUGCUCUGGAAAGCGAAAGCUUGAUCUUCCCGCCCUUCCCUGCCUCUGACGAGAACACUUCUGGCGGCCAGCUGAAAACGCGGGCCAAGCGAAGCUCUCGUCACCCUGAUCUCUUUGCUAUUGGUCGCGGCAAGAACAUCUAUGUUAUCUCUCCUCAGGCGGCUAUGUCUGCUACCUACGGUGUCGUCGGUUCCCAGCGCACCGUCAACACCGAGAAGUUCUUCAAGGAGCGUGCAUUGAAGAUCUCGACUGGCAAGGCUGGAAAGGACUUUGCCUUCAGUGACGAUGACACUGUCAUUGCCUCCCUCGACAAGACCGGUCGUUUACGUUUCUGGGAUAUCAGUGAUAUCCUGGAUAACCCCUCUUUCCUCGAGGGUCAGGCCCCCACGGAGGUUCGGGUGCCUCUCAACACUUUCGUCACCGGCUCGCCUGCUGAGAAGUCUUGGCCUACCUCGGUGCUGUUCCUCGACAAGCUGCGCCCCUACUCGCGUGCUAUGGCGCUACGCUACGUUCUCGUCGGCCUCAAGCAGAACCACACCUUGCAGCUCUGGGACAUUGGGCUUGGCAAGGCCGUGGAGGAGGUCAAGUUCCCCCACGAGAACGAGUCGGACGCUAUCUGCAGCGUCGCGUACCACCCGGCAUCGGGCAUUAUUGUCGUUGGCCACCCCACGCGCAACUCGAUUUACUUCGUUCACCUGUCUGCACCCCGCUAUAACCUGCCGGCUAUGUCCCAGGCAGCUUUCAUCAAGGCUGCUACCGAUAAGGACAGCACUCUCCCUAAGCCCGAUUCGACUGCUUGCUUGAGCGGAAUCCGGGAGAUCUCUCUUGGUUCCAAGGGUCAACUGCGAAGCCUGGAGCUUCUGCCGAUCACCAAGUCUGCCGCUGAUAAGCGGGGUACUGAGGAGACUGGCUUGUUCGAGUUGUACGUUAUGCAUUCGCGUGGUGUUACCUGCCUGAACAUCAAGAAGGAGGAUCUGGGAUGGACCGAGGACAACAAGGUCUCCCGUGCCAUUGAUGGUUUGGAGGCUGGUUCUAUUGAGAUCUCUGAUCUCCAGACCUUCCCUGCCUAUGUCACUGAUGACCCCUCUGUCAAUGGUGACACUGCGUCCACUCCAUCCCGCUCUGCCAAGGAGGCCGCCGUCAAGAAGACGGAGACCGUUGAAUCGACUGCUGGUGUUGUCCCAUCGCGUAACGCGUCGCCUACCAAGGCUGCUGGCAAGAAGAAGGUUGCUGAGGAGGCUGUCAAGGAUCAAACUGAGGCGCCAGGCAUCGCUGAGAAGUCUGACAAAAAGAAGAAGAAGAAGGCACCUGCCGUCACUUCUGAGACGAAUGUGAAGGCUAAGGAGCCCACUGCCACAGUUGGUGUUGAACCUCUUCCUGCUUCCAAGGACAACGAGUUCCUUCCCUCUGCAACUCCCACCAUGACUGCCAACGACGCUACUGAGCGCGCAAUCCCGGCUGGCUUCGCCUCUGGCCAGGCCAACGCCCGCCUCAGUGAUGAGGCUCUGAACAAGCACCUGGAGAGCCUUCAGAGCAGCGUCUCCGAUGAGUUCAACAAGAGCCUUGGCCGCGAAUUCGAGUCACUCUACCGUCGCUUCGACGAGGACCGCCGCAGCUGGGACGCUGCCUCGUCCGCGAAACAAGACCAAGUGCUCCGCCUCGUCUCCAGCACCCUGUCCGAUAACGUGGAGAAGAACCUGGCCCGCAUCGUGUCCACCAGUAUCCAGACUGAGGUUGUCCCCGCCAUCGGCGAUGCCACCUCUGCCGCUGUUGGCAAGCAAAUCGGUGCCGCCGUGUCUCAGCAGCUUGGCGGUGCACUCAACGAUGAGCUCCGUCAGGCCCUGCCCAAGGCUGUCAACGCUGCCCUGCAGCAGCCUGCUGUGAUGAAGACCAUCUCGGACUCUGUCAUCCAGAAGUUGUCGCCACGCCUCGAUGCUCUCAUCCAAGGUGCCAUCACGCCUGUGGUGGAGAAUGGGUCUCGCAGUGCUCAGAAGGUUGAGGCUGACCUUGACCGGCUGUUCCGCUCCCAGGCGAAGCACUACGAGGCUCAGCGCCAGAGCGAUCAUGCCAAGAUUGACCAGCUGUCCGCUGCCCUGCAGGAACUCUCAGGCAAGGUUACCACUCUGCUUGGCCAACAGGCACCGGCCCAGCCCUCGGGUGAUUCCGAGAUGAACGCCAUUAUGAAGCUGUUCUUUGAGGAAGGUAAAUACGAAGCAGCUACUCUGAAGUGGAUCGAAUCCAGCCGCCAGGCCGACCUCUUCGACCUCCUUUUCACUCGCAUCGACCCGGAGUAUAUGCUUAACCUGAAUGUGAUGCUCAACCUCUCGGUUGCCGUGGCUGUAACCGUCUCCCUGAACACCAAUAUCAGCAAGCGCCUCAAGUGGCUGGAGACCGUCCUCACCAUGGUUGAUCCCGAAUCUCGCCAGAACGCCAACAUGCGCGUCUCUCUCAUCAUGAAUGAGGACCUGCGCCAGGUUGUUCCCAUCACCAUGAACAAGCUCGCUCAGCGCCUGCACGGCUUCUACAUCACUGCCACGCAGGAGACCAACCAGCUGAACAAGGCAAGCCCGGCGCUUGUUGACUGGGUUGUCCGAAUGAUCCAGUUCACGCGCAAGAUCCUCGGCGACUACACUGCACCUGUUUAG